AUGGUUCUAGCAUCCAACCAAUUUUACAACCAUAAUGAGUCACCACAGGUGCCUCAUGCGCCGAAAUACAUUUUCUUCUACAGCCAUCAUACUCCAGCCAAGGGCGGUGAGACCCCAAUUUCGUCCUCCCUUGAACUUUUCGCCCGUGCGCAAGAGGAGAUUCCCGAGUUCAUAUCUGAACUUGGUCGGAAGGGAGUUCUCAGUAAAGUCACCUACAAGGCCAACAAGCAGUAUGAAGGAGGCUCUACACUUCGACAAGCAUUCGGCAAGGAGAUCAAGGACAGCGACGAUGCUGGCACGAGGAGGGUCAAGAUCGAGGCUCAAAUAGCCCGCUAUGGACGAGGCAAAAACACAACUUCGGAAUGGAUCGACGACGACACAUUGGUGUUAACACACCGCUUGCCUGCUAUACGCACUCAACCAGAAACUAAGCUUCCAACACUCUUCACUGGGUUGGCAGCGUACUAUAAGAACGCCCAGGUCAACCAAGGCUCUAGAAAGAAUAUCGUCACCCAGCUUUUCGGUGAUGGCACGCUAAUUCCAGAGAAAUACCUUGCGCACCUUGCCAAGAUAACGGAUGAGCUGAGGGUCCUCCACAAAUGGCAGCGAGGCGAUGUGCUUGUGUACGAUAACAUCAUUGCGCAACAUGGCCGACAACCAUGGGAAGGAGAGCAAGAGGAUCGUGUUGUUUUGGCUAGUCUCUUUGACGGGCACGUUCCUGGAGCAUAUAUAGAUGAAGACUGGGCACAGGUUGUACAAGCCCUGGACGGAUGA